AUGCGCUGUCCUGCCCGGCGUCGCCAUCCCGACCAGCUGUCUCUCCCGCAGCUCCUCAUUAAGCUGAAGACUCGGACUUCCACAGAGUACUUCCUGGAGGCCUGUUCUCGAGAGGAGAGGGACGCCUGGGCCUUUGAGAUCACGGGAGCCAUUCACGCCGGGCAGCCUGGGAAGGUCCAGCAGCUCCAUGUGCUGAGGACGUCCUUCAAGCUGCCCCCGCAUAUCAGCCUGCAUCGCAUUGUGGACAAGAUGCGUGACAGCAGCAGCGGGAUCCGGCCAAGCCCCAACGUGGAGCAGGGAAGCACCUACAAGAAGACUUUUCUUGGCUCCUCACUGGUGGACUGGCUCCUCUCCAAUGCCUUUGCCGCCAGCCGCCUGGAAGCGGUGACCCUGGGCUCCAUGCUGCUGGAGGAGAACUUCCUCAGGCCGGUGGGGGCCCGCAGCAUGGGCGCUGUCCGCUCAGGGGAUCUGGCUGAGCACUUCCUGGAUGACAGCACGGCCCUGUACACUUUUGCUGAGAGCUACAAGAAGAAGGUGGCUCCCAAAGAAGAGAUCAGUCUGAGCUCCAUGGAUCUAAGUGGCGAGGUGGUCAAACAGGGCUAUCUGUCCAAGCAGGGGCACAAGCGGAAGAACUGGAAGGUGCGCCGCUUCGUGCUGCGGAGGGAGCCGGCCUUCCUGCAUUACUACGACCCAUCCAAAGAGGAAAACAGGCCAGUAGGUGGGUUUUCUCUUCGUGGGUCCCUUGUGUCUGCUCUGGAGGAUAAUGGUGUUCCCACAG